UAAACUAAAACCAACCCAGAGAUCAGUUUUAGGAUCAAUGUUUGGGUCAUUUUGAACACGUUUAUGACUGGUAUGGAUCCUGAGGUUCUCUAGUUGCUCUGAUUUGAAAUGUCAUAACUGCUUUUGAAGACGUUUAAGAGUUAAACAAACCGAAAGUAAAGAGCAAGUUAAACAACAUCACUACUGGAACAUUAGCAAUAAUUCACACAUCUGGCGAUGGCCCUCCAUGAAAAAGGUGAAUACUACAUCCUUACUGCAAAGCCCGAAGGUAAUGGCUGGAUCAAUCCAGGCAGCAUUGGCUACAGAACUGAGAAUCAAUAUCUACAUGUGAAAAGUCAGAAGGACACAGUGCAUGUCAGAUUUACAGAAUAUGUAAACAGCGUUAACCUUCCACUUGAUGUUCUGCAGCCACUGACAAAGCAAAAAGCAGAAUUCCUUUUAGCUCUUGGCAGUAAAGAAGACAGACUGGUGGAAUAUGCACGAUCGAAGAGUUUAGACCAGGCUGUGGACUUGGUUGAAGAUUCUGAAGUCACUGUGGAAUAUAAGGGCAAGUGGCUCAAGGGUGUGGUCAGAUACAUUGGCCGGAUUCCAGAGUUCAAUGUUAAAGUGUUAAAUGUUCCUAUAGCAGGAGUCUUCUUUGGAGUUGAACUGCAGGGAGAAGACAGAGGUAAAGGCGAGAAUGAAGGAAGAUAUAGAUCUAAAACAUACUUUAAAUGUGAAAGGAAUUGUGGGGUUUUUGCCCCCUUUAACAGAGUCAAAUCUGCAUCUCCCAAACCACCGGCGUCCCCUCCACUACACCACGCUGAUCUACCUGAAAAGACCACAGAGCGUUUGUCUGCUGGAGAUCGUGUCAUGUACUUCGUCUAUGAUAAAGUUGACGCUCAGCACGGUAUGGUUUUGGCGCUACUGGAAGAAAAUGGAGAGGUUAUUAUUUCAACAGACAGGGAUGAACAUGGGAAGGAGGGAGGAGAGAUUACAAUCCCUCUGCAAUGUUGUAUAAAAGAGGAAAACUGGAAAAAAAAUGAACCAGAAAUGAUGGACAUUCAUCAAAGUCCAGAAAUGACAAGGAAGGAAGUUGAUAAUGCAGAUAUUACUUUACAUUCCCUGGUAGAAGUUAAACUGGCGACUGGACCUAGCUACGCAAUAGUGCGCUGGAUCGGUAGACUCCCGGGGAAGACCGAAAUGAUGGUCGGCCUGGAACUGGAGAGAAAAUGUGGAGUCAGUGAUGGUAAAUUUAAAGACAUCAGGUAUUUUACAUGUGCACCUAACUGUGGCCUGUUUGUGAGGCUCUCCGCUUGUCGUCUGGACACUCGUUUCUUGGGUCAGACUGCAGUAAAUGGACAUUUCGCUAAUGAUGGGCAGGAUACGCCGCCUAAUCAGGAGAAUGUUCCACCUAUCAGAGCUGAGGAUGUGAAGAAGGUUCUGAUUGGACGGAGGAAGGGCAUCCAGGGUCAUUGCAACUCUUGCUACAUGGACUCUGCCCUCUUCAGUUUGUUUUCCUGUUCGUCAGUACUGGACUCUCUUCUGUUUAAGAAGACUAAUGAUGAACUUAUCCAGAAAACCCUGUUAAGAGAGAUCGUGUGUCCUCUGCGCAGCAAGGGUUUUGUGCGUGAGAAGAGUGUGAUGAAGCUUCGGAAGCAGUUACAGGAGCGAGGCCACAGUCCGAGCUAUACAACAGAUGAAAAAGAUCCAGAAGAGUUUCUUACUCUCAUCAUGCAGGACAUUCUGAUGCUGGAACCGCUGCUCAAACUGCAAUCGUGUAAUCAGCUUAAAGGUGGAACACAGCUGGACGAGUCCGGUUACUUUUACCAGAUCUUUAUGGACUAUAACAACAGUCUGGCUCUGCCCACAGUCCAGCAGCUGCUGGAACAUUCCUUCUACAACUGUGGAAUCAGACUUGCAGAGGUUCCCUCAUGCCUGAUUUUGACCAUGCCUCGCUCUGGGAAGCAGUUUAAAAUGUUUCCGAAAAUCAUCCCGUCACUCGAGCUGGACAUCACCAGUCUUUUAUCCAGUGGACAUCAGCAGUGCGUGCUCUGUGGACACCCGGCCCUGGAGGAAUGCUCCCAGUGCUUUGUGGAUUCAGUUUUCAGCAACACUGGAUUGAAAUUCUUCUGUAAAGUCUGUUCAGAACAGGUCCACCGCCACCCCAGCCGACAGGCUCAUAAACCCUCCGCCCUACCACUUCCUAAAGGAUUCUCUGGUUCACGGGUGCAUGGUGGCGCAAAACAGACUUCCCCGAGAGAAAAACUGGAACUGUUCGCGGUGCUGUGUAUAGAGACCAGCCACUACGUUUCAUUCGUCAAAUACGGACCAGAGAAAACGGACUGGAUCUUUUUCGACAGCAUGGCAGACAGAGAGGGUGAAGUGAACGGCUACAACAUCCCCGAGGUUAAAGCUUGUCCUGAAGUGGCACACUACCUCGAGAUGCCGCUCGCCGAGCUGGCGAAGCAAGCGCCUCGUGAAAUAAAAGGCGUGGCGAAGAGACUCUUCUGUGACGGCUACAUGUACUUAUACCAGAGCCGCAGCAUGGCUCUCUAUCACUGACGUGAUUCAUCCGUGCACAAACUGUACAUGCAGAAUAACACUGAUGUUCAAGCUGCUUUUUAAUCCUGAUGUUGUAACUUUCUAGCUUGUUCUUGAUUAUUGCACUUUCUGUAGACUUCACUGUACAUUAUUAUUGCGUUUGUGUGCCUUGGGUAGUAAAGGAAACUUGUGUAUAUAUAUAUAUAUAUAUUAGAUGUGCUUGACAUACAUGAUGAUGAUUAGUUUCGCCUGCACCCAUUAAAGGGUGAUUUGGCACAGUUUUCACGCUGGAUGCUCUUCCUGACGCAAGCUUUCUAUUUAUUCGGGCUUGGGACUGGCACUAGGGGUGCACUGAUGUGUAUGAUUCCACUGGCUAGGUUCAUGAUAUGCCAUGCGCCCUCUAUUUGUGGGAUUCGAACCCCAGAGCUAUACCAGCCCACUCAGAAACUGCUUAUAAAUGUGAUUUCUGUAAACCAUUUAAAUGAUAUCUUUGUUUGAACGAUGACUUUAUUAACAGAUAUUAAUAUAUUCCAUAAACAGAAUUCGUUUUAGUCAAUUCCUAGUAAAAUUAGAAGCCUCUGCUAAUCAAAUCUGAUCCAUGGGCCGCUCAGGUGACGCAGCGGUAAAAUACGCUGGCACAUCAAAUACAUCGUAUCGAAUUUCAGCUCUGCCAUCCGACUGGGCUGGGCGGCUACAUGAACAACGUCCGGAGAGAGCCGGAUAGGGACCUCAUAACUGAUGCAAAUACGACCUCUGCUGGCUGGUUGAUGGCGUCUGCACAGAGUCAAGGAAUAAUGCUGAUCAGGGUGUGGCUCUCCGUGCACAAAGCUGAUCUGCAUAUGAACUCGACUCAUGCAGGUGAAAAGAUACAGUGGGGAGUGUGUCGGUUCGCUCUCCACAAUCGGGGUGGAGGUCAGCACCAGUACAGAGGAAGCAUAACGCAAUUGGGUAAAAAUGUAUCUAUGGCUGCAGAUUGUUUUUCACUUCUAUACUAACCAAACCUGAUCUAGGCCUGAUUUAACCUCAUAUUGAUGAUCUUGGCUCUUGAACUACUAAUUAGAAAUGGUCCCGGCCUGGUUGGUGGUUGGUUUAAAGCACUAGGGCCUUAAGCCAUGGUCUCCAGAAAAUCUGAGUUCACAUUAGUUUAAUAAUAGUUUAACAUUUAAUAAUUAUUAUUUUCUUGUUUGUUUUUUAAUGCCAGAACGAUGCUUUUUCAUUGGUAGAACAUUUUAUGUGAACGUUUGGUCCACAUGAGGAGUUUAGUCAGCACUGUAUGAUGGGAACACACACUUACUUUAAGUGUCUUAAUUAUUUUGAUAUCUGAUGUAACCAGAAACGUCUCAGGGUUUAAUGAAAUGAAUAAAACGGUGCUCCAGUUAAA